CAGAGAAGCAGACAACUUUCCAUCUGCCUGUGUCUUCGCUCCGGUGGACCAAGAGAAAAGGAGAGGAGCCCGUUCACUUUGGAAACCAAGGCUGGCCAGCCUUGAAUGCCUGCUUGGGAAGAUUUUCCUCCGAACGGAGCAAAUAAGGCAUCUUCUGAUAGGGAAGAAGAAAAGCCACUUCUGCUGAAUGGAAUGGAGAAAAGGCAGUUCUGAUCAGCAAUUCUUAGAGAAAGUAUGGCAAGAAAGCAAGUGAAAGAAGUUGGCCAAGAAGAUCAUAGAUGACCCACAAUAGAUGAUCCAUUCCUGAGAAUGAAGAAACUCAACUGCUUCAAUAUUUGUCCAAUACGAUGGCAUAUUUUAAUACUGGUUUUAACAGUUGUGCUGCUCUUGAUGCUCAAAGCUGAUUGGAUUUUAUUCUUUCAUAAAAAUACGUACUUUGUAGAACCAUUUUUAAGUACUUCAUCAUUUGUGAAAAACAAGUACAGCCCUGUAAAAAGAUAUGACCAAUAUAGAAUUAAUUGUUCUUUCAUCUAUGAUCUAGAUCCCAUGGAAAUUGGAAAGGUUUUAGAGAUAAAGAGAAAAAAGAUCAUUGAUUUAAAAGAUGAAGAUGUUAUAGCAAUGACCACUAACUGCCAGGAAUACCGAACAAUUAGAGAAUAUCACCUAAAGGCCGUUUCUCCAGAAGAGGAAGAAUUCCCUUUAGCUUAUUCUCUGGUUGUUCACAAAGAUGCCAUAAUGGUCGAGCGGCUCAUUCAUACAAUUUAUAGUAGUCAGAAUGUCUACUGUAUUCAUUAUGAUCAAAAGUCUUCUGACACUUUCAAACAGGCUUUGGAGAAUCUGGCCAAAUGUUUCUCUAAUAUAUUCAUUGCAUCCAAAUUGGAAGUGGUUGAGUAUGCCUAUAUUUCAAGGCUGCAGGCAGACUUGAAUUGUCUAUCUGAUUUAUUGAAAUCUGCAGUUCCAUGGAAGUAUGUAAUUAAUUUGUGUGGCCAAGAUUUUCCCCUGAUAUCAAACUUUGAACUGGUAUAUGAACUUAAGAAACUUAAUGGGGGUAACAUGUUGGAGACUAUAAGACCAAGCAGUAGUAAAAAAGAAAGAUUUACCCAUCACUAUGAAUUUCAAAAAAAGUAUCAUGAAUAUAUGAAGAUGCUUGAGAAAACUAGUAUUUCAAAGAAUCCACCUCCACACAAUAUUGAAAUUUUUGUAGGCAGUGCGUACUUUGUUUUAUGUCGAGCUUUUGUACAAUAUAUUCUUGGCAAUUCCCAUGUUCAAGAUUUUUUGGAAUGGUCAAAGGAUACUUAUUCACCAGAUGAACAUUUCUGGGCAACUCUUGUUCGUAUGCCUGGAGUACCUGGACAGAUUUCAAGAGAAGCUGAAGAUAUCACAGAUCUUCAGAGCAAAACCCGUUUAGUUAAAUGGAACUACCAUGAGAACUCCCUCUAUCCUCCCUGCACUGGUAUACAUCUUCGCAGCGUGUGCAUCUAUGGAGCUGCAGAACUAAGAUGGCUCCUCAACCACGGGCAUUGGUUUGCCAAUAAAUUUGACUCAAAAGUGGACCCCAUUUUAACAAAAUGUUUGGCAGAAAAGAUUGCACAACAGCAAAACCAAUGGGUUGGUUUAGCUUCUGAAAAACGUGUUACGCACAAAAUACUUACGGGUGUCAUCUAAUAGUAUAGAAUAGUUAUGAGUAGAUGAUGUGGUAUUUUUAAAGUGAGGAAUUGCUCACUCACAGUUAUGAUGGUAACAGAAAAGUACUUUUAUGACUCAUUCUCAUAUUUAUGACCUUUGCAGGUCUUUAGUGUAAAGCAAAGUAAAGCUGAAGUAAGAUCACGAGCCCAAGUGCAGUUUCACUAGGGACGCCUUCAUGUAAGAACCAAGUUUCCAAUCCCAGUUGCGGUUAGUAAACCAGCACUUACCUGUACAACUUCAGUAAUUAAAAGAUUAGUGAGAAUGAGCUCAUUUAUAUUUGUUUAAGCCAAUGGUUCUCAAGCUUAACUUCUCCCAUUUACUUCAUAUGUUUUCCCUUUAACCAGCAUAGAUUGUUCUUGCGUUCAGCUUGGAUGUUAGUCCAAAACUAAAAGAAGAAAAGAAGCAAGAA